UGAGGUUGAUCAAAUCCGAGAUAUUAUAUUUGCUGAAUGUACGGUGAUUUCCCGUUUAAAAUUACUUUCUUUGCAAUUAUAAUUGAGAUCACAUAUCUGGUGCACUAAAAUGUGACCCCAUUGUGUUUUAUUGCCGUGUUUAUUAAAGAAGAAAAAGAGAUAGCGCGAGUAGCAGCAUGUUUAAACAAGUCCUUUUAAACAUAUUUCUUAACGUCAUGUAACCUCUUUCCAAUAAAUAUAAUUGUUAUAACAUUCUAGAGGAACACUGACAAUACCAUCACAAAAACUGAUCACAAGCGUCUCAAACGGCGUGGUAUAUUCAAAGCUCUUGCAAUGAGAAAGACAACAAAGUAGUGAAGAGUUAGCGGUACAUCGCAUUGCUAGAGUGAUACAACAGAUUUAGAUCGCAAGUUUUUCAUACAUGACAUGUUGUUUAGUAUUGUUGCCUAAACGCAUGUCUAGCUACCAGGGUUGCCAGGUAAUAAAGAAAUUUGUUUUUGUUUUACAUAUUAUAAAUUGAAAUAUAUUUGAACCCUUCAGUUUGUGGAUGACCAUGUCUUCUUCAGCAACACUGGGGACGAAUUGCUACAUGUGACACAUGGCCUUCACUAAGAAAAUGUAACAGUAGGGAUGACAAGUGGCAUGCAAAAGACAGCGGUAAUAUUCACAAGCCGGGCAAGAGAACUAGAAUUCAGGAUCACCAGUGUUUUCGGGAAAGACCUACCCCCAGAAAUUUGUAGGAAACCGCCAGAUGUUGGGAAAUGUGAAGCAAAGUACCCCGCCUGGUAUUAUGACUCACGAUGCGGCUUUUGCAAGCUGUUCUUCUUUAGCGGUUGUGGCGGAAACAGCAACCGAUUCAACACAGAGGUGAAGUGUCAAGAAGCCUGCAUGCCUACAAAAAAGCCAGUAAGUCUAUGCAGCCUCCUCCCGCAUCCGGUGCCAUGCAAGAGUCCCUUUCGUUUAUCGUGGCACUUUAAUCCCAAAAGAAACACGUGCCAUCAGUACAGUCGCGGUUUGUGUGGAGGAAAUGACAACAAGUUUUCAACAUGCACAAAGUGCAUGGAGAGAUGCAGCAUUAUUCAUGCGGCAGAGGCCUGCAGAUUGAUCCAAGAGCAAAAGAAACAGUGGAAGAAAACACCAUGAUACAAGCUCGGAAUAGGAACCUGCUUUGACCUAUUUUUCUGGAUAUCUUGGGACACAUUCUUGGACCAAAUUUGUGCAUAGGCAAUUAUUUUCGAUUCCCUUUGCCGCGUGAGCGUUGUUCUUUUUUCGCCCAACCACCAGCCUGCAAUCCCGAUCACAACAUACGCGAUCGUCACAUAAAAAGCUUUAAAAUUUUUGAUCUAUUCGUUUUUAUGUAGAGACAAGUUAACCGAAAUUUAAUUCUAGAAAUUCAGACACAUUUUGUGAGAAAAUACAUUCGGUUAUACUAAUAAAGUUGCUGACUUGACAUUGUGAAAGGCA